AUGGUGGCAGGAAGUACAACAGUGGAAAUAGUGAGUGCAGUGGAGGCAAAGAGGCUGUGGUAUGCAGUGACAAAGAAUGCAAAGAGCCUCUUCCUAAAGGUUGCCCCAGAACUUUUCUCAAGCAUCACCACUCUCAGUGGCAAUGGAGGUGUAGGCAGCAUCAACCGAGUGGACUUUAGCCCUGAGAGGGUGGAUAAAAGAGACGAAGACAAGAUGGUUUACGCUAUGAAUCAGCUUGAGGGAGGAAUGGUGGGCAAGGCAUGCAGUUCUGUGAAAUGUGAGCUCAAAUUCAGGGCUAAGACAGGAGGACGAUGUGUAAUUACAUGGACAUGUUACUAUGACACCCUCCCUUCUGUCAUUCCUGAUCAGAUUAAAGUUGAGGAGGCUAAAACCUCCAUUAUAGCAUUGUUCAAGAAGGUUGAUGGAGACAAGUGA